AUGUCAACGGCUGCACCAAUUAUGCGUUUUUCAACCAGUCGGCGUAACCACAACCUUAAGCGCCACCGGAGGACUGACAUAUAGCUGGUAUCCGAACGGCCCGGUGGGGACAAUGACUCAUACGCUUGCUACGUCUCCGACAGUAACGACCACCUACACCGUGGAAGGAACGGAUGCGAACGGAUGUAAAAAUUACGCUACCACCAGCACCACGGUGCAUCCCCUUCCUGUCAUCCAGGUGUCGCCGGCAGGCGUCGCUCUAUGCACCGGAGAUACGAGGACUUUAACCGCCAGCGGAGGCAUCGUUUACGACUGGUAUCCUGA